AUGACGCUUGAUAGCUUCUUGGAACAACGAGUCCAGCAGCUGGUAGAAGAGGCGCUGAGGUGCCGGUCGUCCGGCUCGACUGGUCCCGAAGUGCAGAAGCAACUGGAUGAUCUCAGAUCCCAGGUCUCACUGCAGAGCAAGGAGAUCGCGCAGCUUCGCGAACGCCUGGAUGCAGCUGAAAGCUUGGUGAAGACCCUUGAUAACGAGGGUAGACGCACAAGAGCAACACAGCCUCGCAAAACAUGUGGAGACAAUUCGGUCAGCGAAGCAGGCAAGGAGCUGCAAGGCAAAGUGACGCUGAAAGUAGGUUCGCAAAAGUUCCAUACAUCUGCGGAGACACUGAAAAUCUUCCCAGAGUCAUGGUUUGCUCUCCUGGCUUCUGGUCGUGUUCCACAAAAGGUGGAGGAAGAUGGGAGCAUUUUUGUCGAUGCCAGCAGCAAGACUUUUCCGCACGUGCUGGAGUAUCUCAGGUGUGGGGGCAAGAGCUUUACUAUAAAUGGUAUACCUCCGGCAGCACGAGAUGAGCUUCUUCGCCAGGCACAGUAUUUCAUGCUCGAUGGAUUGGAGAGAAUGCUGCGAGGCGUCCAUGUAUAUGCCUCGCAUGACAUGACCCUUGAGGACCAUGGUGCGUUGUUGCAAGGCAGAAAGCAUUCGGCUGCCACAUUAGAUGUUCCAGAUCCAAACAACUUUCAAAUCAGCUUGUCUUUCAAGAAUGGCAAGGCUUACAGCCCAAGUACGUCUGUAUUGAUAGGGGUUGCCCCAAUCGAUGCGUUGCUGGAUUGCACCUGGGAGAGUAGACACAUUGGUCCACGGAAGCUGACUGUGCCACCGGUCGCUGAUGCAGGGCUGUUUGUACGCGUUGCGUCCGAAUCUCUGGAAGUGUUGAAUACUUCUGCACAGUAUGAUGUCAGGCACUACAGGUAUCAAUUGUCCUCAGGAAGCCGAGUGGAAACUGUUAAAGUCUGCUUCGAAAGAACCACCGAGAUUUGCAAAAUUGCUUUUCGUGUGAUGUAUUAUGCCGCAGAGCCAUGCAAGUGGAACACGCUGCAAAGCACUCUUACGACCAGGUCAUGGGAUGUGACAACAGCAGAUUUCGGGCUCACAUCGCAGGCCGAUUACAGGCCUGUACUUUUCUUCGACGAGCCAGGUUGGCUGAAGAUCGAGAAAGCUUGA